ACUCUCAAACUCACUGCCAGCGUUUCAUUCAUUCAAGCUGACCACCGGUCAACCUGCUGGAACCGCGGGAAUCCCGCCUCGACUCUCAGAAACAACAGGAUGUGGAACAAGGAGAAGCAGAGUCCACCUGCUGACCGGGGCCAUGCCGUCGCCCUCAUCAUCUUCUUACUCGGUUUGGGAACUCUGCUGCCGUGGAACUUCUUCAUCACGGCCUCCCAGUAUUUUAACGGACGCCUCAUGGUUGCCAACGCCACCUCUAACGCCACGUCAGGCGGCGCCACUAAAGAUUACAACUAUGACAGCUGGAUGGCUUUGCUUUCCCAGCUGCCCCUGCUGCUCUUCACGCUGCUCAACUCUUUCCUGUAUCAGUGGGUGAAGGAGCGCGUCCGUGUGGCCUUCAGCCUCAUCAUCAUCUUCUUCCUCUUCUCCCUCACUGCUGCUCUGGUCGAGGUCAACAUGCAGCCGGACACCUUCUUCUCUGUCACCAUGGCAACCGUCUGGUUCAUCAACAUGUUUGGCGCCGUGCUGCAGAGCAGUCUGUUCGGCGUGGUCGGCCUGUUCCCUCCUCGUUACAGCACUCUGUUCAUGAGCGGUCAGGGUCUGGCCGGGAUCUUCGCCGCCGUCGCCAUGCUCUGCUCCAUCCUCAGUAACGCAGACAGAAACUCGGCAGCGCUGGGAUACUUCAUCACUCCCUGUGUGGCCACCCUGGGGACUCUGCUCUGCUACCUGCUGCUGCCACACCUGGAGUUUGCUCGUUUUUACCUGAACAGGAGUCAGUCUGAUAAAGUGGACACGUCGAAGGAACUCCUCAGCAGCACAGAGAAAAAAGAUCUGGAAGCCAAAGGGAAGUUCGUGGGUGAGUCAGAGGAGAGUCAGGAGCGCUCGUCUGUCCUCGCCGUCUUCAAAAAGAUCUGGUUGAUGGCUCUGUGUGUGACGUGUGUGUUUGCCGUCACCCUGUCGGUGUUUCCCGUCAUCACAGUCCGAGUGCAGACCGUCUACAAGGACAACGAAGCCUGGAAACAAGUGUUCACCUGUGUUUGCUGCUUCAUUGUUUUCAACGCCAUGGACCUGGUGGGUCGCAGCGCCCCGUCUCUCGUCCAGUGGCCGUCGAAGGAGAGCCGCCUGUUUCCCGUGGCCGUGCUGUCGCGUCUGGUCUUCAUCCCUCUGCUCAUGCUGUGUAACGUGGAGAACCCCAGACUCACCGUCCUCUUCACUCACGACUGCGCCUUCGUCACCAUCAUGGCUCUGUUCUCCUUCUCCAACGGCUACCUGGCGAGCCUCUGCAUGGCCUACGCUCCGCAGUUGGUGCGGUACAAGGACUGUGAGACGGCCGGUUCUCUGAUGACCUUCUUCCUGGUCCUGGGUCUAGCUGUGGGAGCGUCUUUCUCCUUCCUACUGGGAAAACUGGUGACGGCUUGACCUCACGAAACUUUUACUGAUCCUCGUUAGGAAACUUUGGUCACUAUCAAAAAAAAAAAGGGAAACACCACGUGUGAUUGAAGUGUCAUUUUUAAUCUCUUAAAAAAAAAAAAAAAUGAACCAGAG